GCGCAGCGAGCAGCGGCUGUUCCCGGCGGCGCGGCUGCCAUGUCCGCCGUGGCCAAGGCCUCCGGCGCGCUCAAGUCGGUGGAUUACGAAGUGUUCGGGCGAGUGCAAGGUGUUUGUUUCAGGAUGUACACGGAACAGGAAGCGGCGAAGUUAGGAGUGGUUGGCUGGGUUAAAAAUACCAGUCAAGGAACUGUAACAGGCCAAGUUCAGGGCCCAGAAGAUAAGGUAAAUGCAAUGAAAUCCUGGCUGACUAAAGUUGGAAGCCCAAGUUCUCGCAUCGAUCGAACCAAUUUUUCCAACGAAAAGGAGAUUUCCAAGCUUGACUUCUCAGGAUUUAGCACUAGAUACUAAUAGGAGCCGUCACUGAGCAUUAAGCUGUGAUGUUUCUGCUGCAUGAUAUUCUCUGUGCCUCCAUAACAUGUCACAGGAGCGUUUGGAUGCUCUCCAUACUAGAGACAAAUAGUAAUGGUCCCUGUUCACAUGGAGUAAGAAUUCUUAGUUCCUGUAUUAGACAUUUAACGCCAUGAAUGUCAAUAUCUAGUAUCUAAAAUGCCAAUAUCUAAUUUAUUACAUCUUGAAAGCUAGAUGAAUGCUUAAAAGUGUCAGUGAUCACUUGUGCACAAUGAGACUUAUGUAUAACCAUAUGGCGCCUAAUCUUUACACUGUGAUUCAUAUUUUAGAUGCAAAAUAAGGAAGUUAUGUUCUCCUGUUUGUAAUCUCACUAACCAUCCUUAACUGCAGAGCCUGGAACACUGAGAGAUCUAAUGUAGCUCUGUGUUGUAGACCAUGUUAUUUGUGAUAAGGAGUGAAGAUAUAGAGAUAAUAUAAAAUAAAUAUAUGUUUAUUCA